CAAAUGAGCAGGAUUUGUAACGGUCGCCAUCCAUUGUUGUCCAUUCCGGUUUCCUCUCUUUCAUUUCUUUUCUUGCACACUUUUUGGUCUAGUGUGUACACCGGAGACAGUGGAGUGGGAUAGAGGGUCUUUUAUUUCUCUCUUUUUUCAGAGGGGUCGUCUCUCCUGUUGGUCGCACUGUUGCCAUUGUGGCCGGCUGAUUGGGAGCUGUCCAUCAUUUGCGGGCGAACUGGCAGUUUACUUAAGAAAGUGCACGUGGGACAAAGGAGGUCGCGGGAGUGUGGUGGCCGAGCUGAAUGGAGGGAGGGAAGGCAAUUAGCCGCCACGUUGUUGGGGCUCUUUUACUUGUCAAGCCGGAGCCUCGUUGCUUUUGUGGGAGCCAUGUAAAGGACAUUCCCAGGGCUUUGUUUUGGCAUUAAGGGCCUCUGGUGAACGCCAGAGAAGAGCAGGGCAUAAAAAAGAAGAUUGAAAUAAAAUAUUGGGGAAAAAGUCAUGCGUUAGGUUUUUGUUGCUUCCGUUGUUGUCAUUCUUCUACAUCUUAUUGUUGCUCAGAUAUUAAAAUAUGCUGCUCCGCCUUUUCAGUUGCCCAUUUUUUAAAUAUAUUUUUGUAUUUAUUUAGGCAAGUCAGUUAAACAAAUUCUUAUUUACAAUGACGGCCUACUGUGGAACAGUGGGUUAACUGCCUUGUUCAGGGGCAGAACGACACAUUUUUACCUUGUCAGCUCGGGGAUUCGAUCCAGCAACCCUUCAGUUACUGGCCCAACACUCUAACCACUAGGCUACCUGCCACCCCUUUUUUGCAAAUAUAUUUUUGAUUCAUUGUCACCAGGUAAAAUUAGGUGACAAUGUGUUUGGAAUAUACCAUCGGUCAACUCUACCUACUUUUUUUUGUCACUAAAUCAUAUUGAAAUGAUAGAUUUAUUAAAAACCACAAUUGUAUAUUUCCUUUACAUUCAAAAUAUCAAAUUAAACCUUAGUGAAGUGCAUUGUACUAUUGUACUAGUUAAUCACCCUACUUGUUAAUUGGUGAAAGGCACAUUUCCUGCAUUUGCUUGCCCUGCUCUAAGGCCCUGGAAGUGGUAAGAGCCUGACAAGUGCUAGGGACAGGAGCAUGGUUGUGGGGCCCGAAUAUUAAGAGGAAAUCAUCUCAAGAUAAUAAUGUUUCAGAGGCGGAGGACAGAGAGAGCAGUAGGGGGUAUGGAGGCUUUAGGCCUUGCGUAGUUGAUCUUCUCACACAGAGAGGUCAGGAGGAUUUAACAGUGGAAUCCUCCACCCUCCCAUCUUCAGUAUUAUUGGUCAGAAAAAUAACAGAAAAGGAAAAACAGAAAGAAGACCCCACGUAGAUGUCACGUCCAUGUCAAAAUGAAGACAAAUACAUUUCUUUCUCGUUUCCUCCUACCCCCCUGGAAAGUUGGGUUGGAGAGGGGACUGUCAGUAUCACAUGGAUAAGUGACUGUUCGCUACACUUUGCUGAGCCUGCCCUCCCUUUGUGGAUGUUGUGUCUUGUUCUUUUUUCUCCCCCUCUCUCUUUGUCUCUUUCCUUGCUCACUUUACCUUGUUGUAGCCAAAGCUUUUCAAGCUGCCAGUUCGACUCUGGGCAUCCUGGAGGGACUGCAGAGCCCACACACACAUACACACACAUAUACAAGUGUGCAAUCUGGGAGUUUUGUAAUAACAAUAUUUUUGUUGUCUAUAUUGUUGUGUAUUUUUUUCUCGUUUGUUGCUUGUGGGAAGAUUUCUUUGCGCUGAGAAGCAGCACUUUAUAUUUUUUUCUCGGUUCGUUUUUUCGCUUUCAUUUCUUGUGACCGGCACAAACUUUCCUGAGAGAGGAAGCUGUGAAGAGGUGCUGAGAGUGGUGGAGGAAGCUGGGGGAUCCUCGUGCUGUUUUGGGGGAGGUAGGGGGGCAGGCUAGGCCCCAGACCCUGAACCACAUCUGUGGAUCCUCAGACACAAAUGUCUGUGGAUCCUCCAAUCAUAAAAUCCUGGGAACAAUGGGCCACUCGUGUCGCAAUGAGGAUGCCUCGGUUUGAGGGACACACACAUGCCCAGCCGCACACACUUCAGCACUUUGCGAGAAGAAGAAGUGAGGGCUAAGAAAAGACAAAGAAGAAGAAGUGGAGGAGGAAAAAGAGUGUGAAGAAGAAAGGGAAGGCCAGUGGUUUUGAACUCUGUAGUGAGGGAGGAGAAGUGGGGGGCAGGUGAAAAGUAAGCGGGGGGUCAUGUACCCGAGUGAGGGCGUUUUAGCGGGGCCGGAGGAGAGGGGAGCCAAAGGAGGAGUCCUUGCCUCCGGGCUCCCCCUCCUCCAGCAGAUCGGCUGCUGGCAUCUGAAUCUCAGUGGCUGGUCUAAUAAAGUCCCAGUGGUACAGCACCCUCACCACGUGCACCCGCUCACGCCUCUGAUCACCUACAGCAAUGAGCACUUCACACCGGGCAACCCCCCUCCGCACCUACAGGGAGACGUGGACCCCAAAACAGGAAUUCCAAGGCCUCCACAACACCCAGACAUAUCUCCCUAUUACCCUCUAUCGCCUGGCUCUGUAGGGCAGCUCCCCCAUCCGCUAGGCUGGUUAGUACCACAGCAAGGUCAACCUGUUUACCCAAUCACAACAGGGGGUUUUAGACACCCCUACCCGACUGCACUCACUGUCAAUGCAUCCAUGCAAAGGUUCCCUCACCACAUGGUCCCCCCUCACCACAGUUUGCACCAGACCGGCAUCCCCCACCCUGCCAUCGUCACGCCCAACGUCAAGCAGGAGUCCUCCCACAGCGACAUAGGCCUCAACAGCUCGAAACACCAGGACUCGAAAAAGGAGGAUGAGAAGAAGAAGCAGCCCCACAUAAAGAAGCCGCUGAACGCCUUCAUGCUCUACAUGAAGGAGAUGAGGGCCAAGGUGGUGGCCGAGUGCACGUUGAAAGAGAGCGCCGCCAUCAACCAGAUCCUGGGACGAAGGUGGCAUGCCCUAACACGAGAGGAGCAGGCGAAAUACUACGAGCUGGCCCGGAAAGAGCGACAGCUUCACAUGCAGCUCUACCCAGGCUGGUCAGCACGAGAUAACUAUGGCAAAAAGAAGAAGAGAAAAAGGGAUAAGCAGCCAGGAGAGGGCAAUGAACACAGAGAAUAUUUUCCAAACCCUUGCCUUUCACUCCCUCCGAUUACAGACCUGAGCGCUCCUAAGAAGUGUCGAGCGCGCUUUGGGCUCGAUCAGCAGAAUAACUGGUGUGGCCCGUGCAGUCUUUGAAUUGGGAAUAUUUUCAUGGAGAAAAAAAAAGUGCAUUCGCUACAUCCAAGGUGAAGGCAGCUGUGCCAGUCCUCCCUCUUCGGACGGAAGCUUACUAGACUCCCCCCCAUCCUCCCCCUCCUCGGUGGCCCCCUCCCCCUCCUCGAAAGAGUCCAAACCUCAGACUGAACAAAUGCAACCUCUCUCACUGACUAUGAAACCGGCCCACCAGCCUCUCCACCACCCGCACCUCCUGGCUGGGCAUCCUCCUCCGCCAUCUUUGGUUCUGCUGGAAAACUCUGCUGCUGCAGCGGGUAAAAUGCCUGGCGCAGCCCACAAUGGAGCCCAUGACCACGGCAAUGUCUCGUCCUCGCGGCAACCGGGCUCCUCAGGCGCCUCCCUGGCCAGGCCCUCGGCAGCAUCGCUGUGUCAUUCCCACUCGCUACACCCCAACUCCACGGCCCCUCAGCCUCUGUCGCUCGUGACCAAGUCUAUAGAGUAGCCUCCCUCCUUAUUCACUCCUGUCCUUCCUUCCUAAUUUUCUAGCUCUGCACACCUCUAUUCGGGCCCUCUUUCUUUUCUAUCUUUUUGUCUAUUUCUGUGCCAUAAGGCUUUGAAAAUUAGUUAUUGUUUUAUCAAAGUUCAUUGGUCAAUAUUUGACCCAUCAUUAUCAAAAAAUAUAUAUAAUUAUUAUAAUGAAUGAAUAAUACAAAGAGCUGUAGAGUAUAGCUUUGGGAAUUUGCCAACAUUUUCUUAACUUUUUAUUUUUAUUUUGUAGUGUUAAACAGUGCAACAGAAAAUUGUUAUGUAGUUCCACUUAAACAUGUUUAAAUGACAGAUAUAAAAAGGUAGGUUAGAUGAUUAUUCAAUGAGCCCUUUUCUUGAAAGAGUUGGUUCUCCUUCAUUAUUUGUAUUAAAUACGAGCUUGCGAACCAAUCAUUUGACACCCGUACAAACCCUGGAGGGCAUGAGGAUCGUGGAGACACCUCUCUUACUGAGGAACAACUUUAAUUGUGAUGUUACUUGUUCUUCUUUAAAUGUACAGAAAUAUUGGUGUGUGUGGGGGGGGGGGUAUUGUUUUAAUGUGCAUUGUUCCAUUACAUUGUCUUUUUUGUUGUUGUUUACCUUUGGGGGUGGAGUUAGGUGGGGUGGUUGGACUUGGAGGGGAGACAGGGGAGGGCUAUUGAGGUGGGUGGGGGGGUUGCGCUAUUCAAUACAAAAUGUCACAACGCUAGGACCAGUAGUAUUUAUUGCUUUAGAGAUUGCUUGUUGUAUCUUGUAUGUUGUCCCUUUUUAAAUAUUUUCUUUUCUUAAUACAUUGUAUAAAUAUUUUUUCUUAACGUAAGCAACUUAUAUAUGAAAUGAUCCAUUUUUACAAGGAGGUUUUAAAGGUAAAUCUUUUUGUUGUUGUUGACAACCUGGAUUCCACCCAAUGUACUGUGUAGAUUUCACGAACAGAGGUAUGCACAACUUCAUUUCAAGAAAUGCGUCUAUAAGCCAUUUUACAAAAGAAGAAAAGAAACUUGAAACAACAAGGGACAGUGGGUACCGUGUCUUCAGUAGUUUGGGGAAGUGUCAAAGCCCUUCUUUUUUAUUGCACAGUCUCAUCUCUACCAGACUGUAGAUUUGUGUACAGAUUUUCCGUGCCAAAUUUUGUGAUAAUUUUCUCUCCCCCCUCUAACCACGCUGUAGGGUUUUUCUGUUGUUGAUUGUUUUUUGUUUUUUAAAACCAUACUUUGCUGUGACGUUACAUAGAUUGCUAUGUAUGUAGUAUAAAUGUUGCUAUAACAAAUGUGUUUGGUAGCAGAUUGUCAAAUAUUACAAUUUAAACUGAUUAAAAAGACGGACAUCAUACUGUAUAAACCCACAAGGGCCAAAUUAUGUAUAUUAGGAGGUUCAUAAAAAACUAUGAAAUAACUACAAAAAAAUACACAAACUGCCACUUUUAAGUACACAGCUACAUAUAGGUAGAUAGAAAAAAUAGGCAUGUUGAUGUUGCAAGAGGCUGUAAAAAAAGCUACAAGAGAAUCAUCCACUCGGUACCAUUGUAGUUGACAUGACGCGACUGUAACCUGUCGAUUUCUUCUCUGGUUUAUUAAGAUGCUAAUGAUGAAUAGUUUGAAUGUUUCCUUAACGGCUGUGAUGUUCCUGUUCUAUUUUAUGCUCUUAUCUUUUGUUUAAUUUUUUGUUUUUUUCCCUGUUAUUUUAAAUGGUUCCAAAACCAUGUUUUUGUAAUGAAUAAAUGUUUAUGCUGUACAGUCUCUGUAGCAUGCAGUUCUGUAUUAAUAAAAGCGACUUAGUAUGUGCAGAU